AUGACGGUGCGUUGUCGGUGGUGCGGUGUGCGCGAAUUUGUGGUCCGCGAUGAUGCGGUGAAGCAAUUCGUCGAUUUCGCUUCGAGAACGACGAAAUGUUUCAAGCAGAUUAUUUGCAUCGCGCACAACGCCAAAGCGUUUGACUCUCAGUUCACCUUGCGUUACAUUGUAGAAACACGUGUCGAUUUGGAUCCGCGAUUACUAUUACACGGAACAAAGAUCAUCGUAUUAACGGUCGGGCGUGCGAAAUUUAUCGACAGCAUCACCUACAUGCCGAUGCGUUUGUCAGCUUUGCCCAAGACUUUCGGUUUGCGAGGUGGCGUGGAAAAGGGAUAUUUUCCACAUUUAUUUAACACCCUCGCGAAUCAGUCGUACGUCGGCCCGUUACCAGCCGUUGAAUAG